AUGGCACCUGGGUUAUGGCCCGCCACAACUCUCAAGGCCCAGAUGCCCAUGAUCGACGCUGUUGGAGACACAGGCAAGUUCGUUGGCGCUAUUCUCGCCGAGCCUGUCAAAUACGAAGGCAAGACGUUCUGCGCCGCCACGGCGCUAUACAGUAUGGAGGAAGUGGUUGCCAUCAUGUCCAAGGCCACAGGCAAGACCGUCGUCUACAAGCAGAUCCCGCUUGAGGACUUUAAGAAGAGCCUAUCGUUCGGGCAUGACAUUUUUGGUGAGGCGUUCAGCUACCCAGAGGAGUUCGGCUACUUCGGCCCAGAUUCUGAGAAUUUGGUUGCUUGGGCUGUGCAGAACGCCCGAGGCAGACUCUCCACCCUUGAAGAGUACUUAGAGGCACAUCCUCUUCAGCUGGCGUAA